AUGGGACAUGAGCUUGAAUAUCCCUGGUCACUUUACGUAACUAGGAGCAAGAAGAAAACCAGCCAACAAAUAACUCUUCAAGCUUGGGAAGAACGUCUCAAAAAGCUCAGCACAUUUAAAGAAGCUGAAGACUUUUGGCAAGUUUACAAUAACAUCAAAGUCCCCACGGAUAUAUAUGGAAGAGGUGAUUAUUACUUGUUUAAAGGCGAAAUUUUGCCUGAGUGGGAGCACCCAACAAAUGCAAACGGAGGAGCAUGAAUUCUGAGGACUGAAUACUUGGAAAAAAUCAAUGAGCAAUGGCUUAAUACACAACUAGGAUUAAUUGGAUGCUUUUUUUUGGAGCUGAUGCCUCAUAUAUGUGGAGCUGAGAUGUGUGUCCGCAUGAAAAGGUUCAGAAUUUGCUUAUGGAUAGACACAAUUGAAGAAAACAUUGCAAUAGAGAUUGGGAGGAAAUUUAAGGAAUUGAUUGGGCAGGAAACUGGAUUAGAGUUCAAAAAGCACUUCGACGAAAAAGUUCUUUAUACGAUUUAA